AUGGCGGCUAAUAUUGUGAAAUGUACGAAAUGUAAUAUAGUUAUUAAUGAACUAUUAGCAUUUAUCCAGAACAAAGCUGACGUGAUGGAUGAAGACUCGCUUAUUCGGAUUUGCAGUGACAGUUUUUCGGAUGGUGAAAUAGUGACGGCUAAGAAGCUGCUUUUUGAUAUAAUACCGGAGUCGACUAGAAAAAUCCGAAGGAAGAAAGAUAAAAGCCGCCGUGAUAUUGAUGAUAUCAUAGGCCUUCUCAAGCUAACGGACCCUGAGAGUGUACCAAUCUUCGUCGCUCGCGACCUGGCAAAAUUACCGCCUAUUUUGUUUGACCACAUAGAUGUAACUAGACUGCUAAAAGACAUACUUGUGUUGCAAAGUGAUGUGAAAAACAUAAAAAGCAAUUUUGCUACUUCUGCAGAGGUGAUCGAGUUAAAGAAUGAGAUGGAAAACCUGAAGCAAGCCUCCCUUGUAUGUAACAAAUAUAACUUUGUAAACAAUAAGCGAGGAGCCUUUAUCGAUAAUCUUGAUUGCUACGACAGUGGACCCAUGGCUCUAUACACACCAGACCCAAAAAGUUCUGAAAUAUCAAAUUUGGCGAUAAAUAAUGAGUGCGAGGGUAGACAACAACAAAAAUCGGUCUCAACGGCAAGUUGUGUUAAAAGUUCGGAAGGUAUGUGCUCGGGCGCGGUCGCCCCACUUGUUCAAAUGGAUGUCGAAACUACUCAUACGCGUGAGCGAGAAACUGUAUCGAAGUUACCUGUCGCUAUCUCAGUCUCUCCGACUAUCGCAGCGCCACCGACACGGAAGGUGGUGCCCCCGUGCAACUUGACGGCUGCUGUCAAUGUCACAGUCAAUGACAGAAUGUUUCACCCACCAGUUGCUAAUUUGGAUGUAAACAGUAAUAAAUCGGCUAGUAGUCAAGCGUCUGUGUCGAAUAUUAUGAGGCAACGUAAAACAGGUCAUAAUAAUGUGGAGGAAUGGCAAACUGUUUCAAAAAAGAAGCGGAAAAGAGUGAGUGGGAACAUGGGAAAAGCAGACGUAAGCCCGGACAGUACUUUCAAGGCAGCAGAUGUUAAGAUUCCUAUCUAUAUUUCCAAUGUUAGUAAGGAUACUCAAGAGAUAAAACGGUCAUUUGAAGCUGUGCAAUCAUUAUGUGAGAUAUGCGACAUUAUAGUCCUGCAGGAGACAUGGCUGUAUGACUAUGGCAUCCCUUUACUGAGCAGUAUCCAUGAGAAUUUUGAGUAUACAGGAAAAUCAUCUAUGGAUUUGUCAACUGGCCCACUAAGAGGUCGACCCUACGGUGGUUUAGCUAUCCUGUGGAGGAGCGGAGUGUUUGAUUCAGUUUCAGUGAUAGAAUGUAAUAGCGACCGUCUCUCGGCAAUCAAGGUAACGCUGGCAGACCGGCAAAUUCUAGUUAUUAAUGUGUACAUGCCGACAGAUGAGAUUCCAAACUUAAUUGAGUUUACUCAAUGUCUUAGUGAAAUGAGUGCAAUUGUUGAGUCUUGUGAUGUGGAAAGUGUCUAUAUGCUGGGAGACUUUAAUGCCCACCCCGGUGAGUCUUUUUACUCAGAACUUUUAAACUUUUGUGCUAUGGAACAGUGGACUUGUGCAGACAUAGAAAGGCUUAAUUCAGUCCCCAAUACUUUUACAUUUAUAAGUGAUGUGACUGGUUCUAAGCGCUGGCUUGACCAUUGUGUGGUUACAGAACAGGCUCGUGAUACAAUAGCUGAUAUAAGUAUUAUGUAUGAUGUUUUAUGGUCUGAUCAUUUCCCAAUGAUUAUAGAAUGUAAUUUUAGUGUCAUUAAACCUAAGUUUGUAACCCCUUAUUCAUUACAUAAUAAAGCUAUCUGGGGUGAAAGAAAUAUUGAGCAAAUUAGAGAGUACUAUCACCUAUGUAACGAUUCACUCAAGGAUGUUGACUAUCCCCAUGAACUUGGCCUUUGUAAUAACAGAAAUUGUAAUAUUUUUGAGCAUAGAGUUGUACUAGAUGUCAUGUAUGAAAGUAUUGUCAAAAUUUUAACUAAGGCUGCUGAAGAGACUCAUGUGGAUUGUCAACAUAUAAAGCAUAAAGCCCAAAUGGUGGGCUGGAACAGACAUGUUAGGGAGGCACACGGGUUGGCUAGGUCUAAGUAUCAGAUUUGGCUUUGGCAUAAUCAGCCUUUGACAGGUCCUAUAUUUAAUGAUAUGCGUGCUACACGUAAGAUAUUUAAGAGCAAACUAAAGUGGUGCCAAAAGCACCAAGAACAAAUUAAGCUGGAUAUUAUUGCUGAACAUCGUAAAAAUAAAAAUUUCAAAAAGUUUUGGAAAUCUACAAAUAAACUUGAUAUUAGACCCAGUCUUCCCGUGACUGUGGGUGAUGCCAACGAGCCUAGUACUAUCGCCGAUAUGUUUGUCCGGCACUUCCAAGUCCAGUCACCACUUGGUUUGUCUAGCAAGGUGGUUGAUAAUGGGACCUGUUGUGACUCUGAUCAAAUUCGUUUUUCAGCUAAACAGGUAGAUGAUGUCAUUAAAAAAAUGACUCGGGGAAAGUCCCCUGGUCAUGAUGGGCUCUCCAUAGAACACUUGCAGCAUGCUGGCCUUCACCUCAAUAGAGUAUUGGCUAUGUUUUUCUCCUUGUGUUUUGGUCAUUCUUACCUGCCCGACAGCCUCAUUAAAACUAUUGUGGUACCAGUCAUUAAAAAUAAAACUGGGGAUGUAACUGACAAAAAUAAUUACCGGCCCAUUUCGUUAGCAACAAUUAUUGCAAAGGUAUUGGAUAGUUUGAUGGAUAUUGAAUUGGAAAGCUACUUGAACUUACAUGAUGCCCAGUUUGGUUUUCGUUCUAAUCUGUCCACUGAGAGUGCUAUCCUGGUACUGAAGAAUACUGCACACUAUUAUACACAGCGACAUACACCUAUCUAUGCUUGUUUUCUAGACUUCUCACGAGCAUUUGACCUUGUGUCUUAUGACAUUCUCUGGGAGAAGCUCAGGGAAAGAAAUAUCCCUGCGGAGUUGUUGGGUAUUUUUCAGUAUUGGUAUCAGAACCAAUCUAACAAUGUCAGAUGGGCCAACCAGCUAUCUGUGUCCUAUGGUCUGAAUUGUGGGGUCAGGCAGGGGGGAAUCACCUCACCCAAGUUGUUCAACCUCUAUAUUAAUGACCUGAUAGUUGGACUCAGCAACAGACAUAUCGGUUGCAGAUUAACAGUAUCAGCUAUGCUGAUGAUAUGGUUUUGCUUAGUCCAACUGUCAGGGCGCUACGGGAACUGCUUGGUUUAUGUGAGCAAUAUGCACGGCAGCACGGUUUGCUAUAUAAUAUUAAUAAAAGCGAGUUUAUGGUCUUUAAGGCGGCCGGCGGUAGGUGCCCAGUCUCUGUGCCUGAUAUCAAGUUGAACGGACAAUGCCUAAAACGGGUGUACUCGUUUAAGUACUUAGGGCAUAUUGUCGACGACCGUCUUAGGGAUCAAGCCGACAUUGAAAGGGAGCGCAGGGCGCUGGCGGUCCGGUGUAAUAUGUUGGCACGUAGGUU